CGCCCGGCCACGCGGCGCUGGCUUCGCCGCGCUCUCUGGUUGGCGGGGAGGGGGACAGGGGCGUGGCCGGCGGGGGGGGGGCGGAGGCGCGCUCAUGAAUAUGCAGCAGCAGCGGCGGCGGCAGCGGCCCCGGUGAGUCACGGGAGCGGCGGCGGCAGCGUGAGACCCGUGGGACGGCACCCCCCACGCUUCCCCUGCCCGCCCUGCAGCCCCCCCCCUCCCCCCGUGUCCGCGACCCACCCGGGACAUGAGGCUGCUGUGGGGAAGGGGCUGACCCUGCACUGUGUCCACUGAGUCCUGGUCCCGGUUUUGCCAUGGCCUCCCAGCCGCAGCCCCUGUGCCCUGCCUUGCCCUGCGCCUCUGCCACAGGCUCCGGGGGGGCUGGACUGGUGGCUGGCAGCCCUGAGAAAGGCACCACUCGCCCCAAGCCACCGGUCCGGCCUAAACCCCGUGUGCUGCCCAAGCCAGCUAUGCCUGCGAAGCCCUCCCUGCCACAUCCCCAACUGGGGCCACGGCACCCUCGCCCGGCACUGCCCUCUGCCGAGAAGAUGAACCGCCUGGCAGGGCCCCAGCCCUAUGGCGGGAGCAGCUCGGGGGGGCCCCUCCGGCGCCCCUCCUUCACCCUCAAGUCACCCGAGACCCCCAACGGGAAGGGGCUUCCAUCUCCUCUGGUCGCAGCCGUGGAGGACCCGGGUUUGACCCCCAGUGAGGAGGUGCCCCCCACUCCACCGACCCCCUCCCGCAAGGGCCCAGCUCCUUUCAAGGUGACACCAGUGCCAGUGGCGACCAAACCAGAGCGAUUUCCAGGCACCACCGUGGAGGAGAUCCUGGCCAAAAUGGACAGCAGGGAGGGCCCAGGGAGCCCAGACCGAUCCCGGCUCUCGUUCUUUUGCCCUGAUCCCUCCUCUCGCUUCGGCUCCAAGACCUUCACUGCCUUCCGGAGGCGUCCCAGCGGGGAGGCAGAUGGAGCCCCCUCCAGCGAAGCCUGCCAGACACCCCAACCUGCGGUGGGCAAGCUGGGGGUGGGGGAUGACGGACACCAGACUGCCGAGAUAAGUAGCUCCCCCCCAGCCAGCCUGAGCUGUGCCGGGGACCCCCGCGGACGCCGGAGGCCGCCUUCCCCCCCUGACCUCUCCUCUCUCCAGCUGGGUGCCCUCGGCCCCCCUGGGUCCCCAAGGCCCCCCACCUGCCCGGCUCCGGGGGCUCCUUUCCAGCCUGCUGAGCCCUCCGCCUCGGCUCCCGGCUCUCCUGAUGCCCCCCCAGAGCUCCCAGCCCCCGGCUCCCCGACGCUGGCCCCUGGCUCCCCCGAAUCCCCCGCUCGGCCUUCAGCCGAGGUUUCGGCUGCCUCCAUCCAGGCCCCGGGUGCUCCCUCCUCUGCGGCCAAGCCCCGGCUCGGCACCUCCUGUUCCCCUGGCUCCCCCCACACUCCCGGAGAGGGAUCCCUUGAUACUGCCAGCCCCCCCAGCACUCCCGAAUUGUCCCCCAGAGCCACCUGCCCCCCUGGCUCUCCUGAGGCUGCUGCUGAGUACUCAGCUCCCCCCAGCCCCCCCCCCGAGCUCCCUGCUAAAGCCUCCCGUCCUCCGGGCUCCCCGGAGGGACCUGAUGACUCCCCAUUGUCCCCACAGUCCUCUGAGGGUCCUGAGUUCAGCCCCUCUCCCCCUUCCAGGGACUCGGGGCUCCGGCGCUCUUCGGAGGGCGUGUUGCAGCCCCCCACAGCAGGGCAAGGCAUGGGAGAGCUGGGGGGCUCACUGAGCGCUCUGCCCCGUCCCGGGGAUCCGCUGUCAGAGCUGUCCCUGGGCAGCGAUUCCGGUUGGAGCCUUUCUCAGUCCUUCGAGUGGACCUUCCCCUUGCGGGGGGCACGUCGGUUAGCAUCCCCUCCCCGUUCCCCCAUCCGGGAGACACCUGACUCGGGGCUUUCUGAAGAGGGCGAGUCGGACGGGGAGGACCAGGGCCCCUGUGCCCCAUGCUCCCGGGGGGACAGUGGGUCUGAAGAGCCCGGCCCCGUCGUGGCUGGCAGCCGGGCAGCAGAAGGGGCUUCGUGUCCAGGGGGGCCCGUGGCCCAGUGCGAGGCCGAGGGCUCGGCAGAGGAGGAGGAGGAAGGGGAGGCAGAGCGGGAUACCACCGUGCCCUGCUCCACUCUCUGCGUGACGGAGCUUGUCCAGGACCCAGCUGAGCGCAAGCCCCCCACCCAGCCCAGCCUCCCCAUCGAGGCCACCCCGCCAGAUCUGGCCCCACCGGAUCCAGCCACUGCGGCCCACUCGGUGUGGGUGCCGGCUGGCGACUGCCCCGUGAACCUGCAGGGCCCUGGUGGGCCACGCCAGGCUGAAGGAUCCUCGAGGGUCCCUGAUCCCCACGCUGACCCGGGCUGGCUGACGGAGCUGCUGGCGUCGCCUGGGCCUCAUGCUGCGGGCCACGGCUCUCCAGAUGCAGAGAGGCCCGAGAACCUGCUCGGCUGGUCACGGAAGGACCUGUGCAGUGAGUUUGGCAUCGGCAGACCUCACCAGGCUGGCACCUUUGACUGGACCCGUGAGGCUGUGGCCAGGGAAAGAGACUGGCCUGGUGAGGUGGAGCGGGACCAGGAGUUUGGGGCCAGAUCAAGCUGGGACAGCACCAGGGAUGGGGACCGGCAGGAUGAGCCCUUUGGCACUGCCAGGAAGGACUGGGGCAGCGAUUACAAAGGGACGGAGUUGAUGGGGGAGAUGAGACUGAGCUGCAGUGACUGGUCGAAUUCCCAUGGCAUGGUGGAAGGCUGCCUGCAGGAUCAAGACUUUGGUGCUGGCAAACCCAAGUGGGGCACGGGCUAUGGCUUGGGCAGCGCGAGCAGCAGGGAGGAGAUGGGCCCCGGGAAGGCUGACUGGAGCAGCAGCUAUGGCGUGGGACAUGGCCAGCAGCGGGAUGAGGAGCCGAGCUCCAGGCAGCCCAGCUGGGCUGGCAGGUAUGGCUCCGGGGAUCCUGAGAGCCAGGACAGCGAGAUCGCACCUGCAUGGGCUGGUGGAUAUGGCACCGGUGAUGUGGCGAUGGAUAGGGAGCUCACCCCAGACUGGGCCAGUAAAUACAGUAGCAGGGACGCUGAGACCAAGGACAAAGAUUUUACGCUGGGCUGGGCUGGCAGAUCCAGCACUGGGGGCGCUGCGACCCCAGACAAGGAGUUUGGCCCCGGCAGGCAGGGCUGGGAGAGCAAAUACAGCACCAGGGACAUGGAGAGCCAGGACCGGGAGUUCAGCCCCAGCAGACCAGCUUGGACUAGUGAAUAUAGCACCCAAGAGAUGGAGAGCCAGGACCAGGAGUUCAGCCCCAGCAGACCAGCUUGGACUGGUGAAUACAGCACCCAAGAGAUGGAGAGCCAGGACCAGGAGUUCAGCCCCAGCAGGCCAGCUGAGGCUGGUGAAUACAGCACCAGGGACAUGGAAAGCCAGGACCGGGAGUUCAGCCCCAGCAGACCAGCUUGGACUGGUGAAUACAGCACCCAAGAGAUGGAGAGCCAGGACCGGGAGUUCAGCCCCAGCAGGCUGGCCGAAGCCAAUGAGUACAGCACCAGGGAUGUAGAGACCCAGGACGAGGAGUUCAGCCCCAGCAGACCAGCCUGGGCCAGCGAGUACAGCAGCAGAGAGGUGGAGACCCGGGACAGCAGGUUCGGCCUCAGCAGACCAGCCUGGGAUGAUGAGCACGGCACCGGGAACAUGGACACACAGGAUGGCGAGUUUAGUCUCAGCAGAACGGCCUGGGCCAGCGAGUACAGCUCUGCAGACAGCAAAGAGGAAGAAAGAGAGUUUAGUCCUGGCCGGCUGAGCUGGGCUGGUGAGCACGGCAUUGGCCAGACUGACCUGGCUGAUGCUUUUGGUGUUAGGAAAGAUGACUUGCCUGGCUCCCAUGUCCCCGAGCCCCCGGCCCAGGAGCCUGGCUGGGGCAGCACCCACCAGCAGGAGCGCAGUGCCACCGAUGGCAGGGAUUGGGCUGAAGAGCUUGGAGGAGCUGAGUGCCACAACCAAUUUGGCAUCAUUGGGACAGAGCGAGUGUCAGGUCCCUCCGGCACUGGAGCAUCAUCAGAUGGCUUGAUGUCCUGGGCUGGUGGGAUGAGGUCCGGGGGCCUGCAGGAGCCCCUGGGAGACUGGCACAGGGAUCUCUCCUUCAGCAGCUCGGAUGCCACUGGCUGCCUGGGUACUGGUGAUGCUGGCGGGGUUGUGCUGGGGCAUACGGCUUGGGAUCAGGGCCUGGGCAACCUGCCUGCCCUGGACGGCUCUGCCCAGUCCCGGGAGGCCAGGCUGGAAGAGCCGGGCUGGAGCCGGGACUUUGACGCAGCUGGCUGGAGCGUGGAGCUGCACGAUGCCGAGGCCAAGCGCCAGGAGUGGGUUAGUGCGUUCGGUGCUCGCUGUGCGGCCCGGAGCCGGAGCUUCGGUGUCGGAGAGCAGAGACCAGGAGAUGGUGCUGGCUCAGCGGACAGCAGAAGCAUCCGUCUCUCAGACCCCAGUCCACCAUUGAAUGAUGCUCCAGCUGACCCCUCAGCUGUGGAGCCCAGUGAGAGUGAGCCGUCCAGCCCUGCUGGGGAGGAGAGAGACCCCCAUGAGAUGGCUGCUGCCCUGCAGAGCCCCAGGGCCUCCCCUCUGCUGCUGGAGGCUGCUGGUGGAACCCUGCCAGAUACGGAGAGCGAAGAAGCCCCCUUGGACCACCCAGAUGGGAAGAGACCAGCAAGCUGGGAGGAGAAGCGGCUCUCCCUGGGCACCCCUCAGUCUGAGGGACCCACAGACCAUGCUGGGCAGGAAUUCACCUUUCUGGAGGACAUGGAGGUCCUGGACAGCAGCAUGUACCGCAGCAAGGCCAACCUGGGUCGCAAGCGCAGGCACCGGGCACCGGCCCUUCGCCCUGGGGCCACCUCGGAAGGGGACAGCUGGAUUUUCCGGGACUCCACAGAGCCCCGUCCAGCCCCCCCAGUAGCGUCCUCCGACGAGGAGGCAGCGGAAGAACCCAAGAACCGACGGGUGCGAGCGUCCCCAUCGGGCAAGGGGGUCAAGAUGCCACUCUUCCCUAGCCUCAACACAUCGGUUCUCAAGGCCAAGCUGAGGGGUCGAAACCGCUCAGCUGAGGAGGGGGCACUGCCAGGGGACAGCAAGGCAGCCCCCCCCAAAGACCCUCACGUGCAGCGCUCCAAGUCCUGCAAGAUCCCUGGCUUGAGUGGGAAACCCCUGGCGCUGCCUCCCAAACCGGAGAAGUCCUCAGGGUCAGAUGCCUCCCCCCCGCACUGGCUGCAAGCAUUGAAGCUGAAAAAGAAGAAACCUUGAGUGGGGCUCGCCCUCCAGCCAGCACGUCCCUGGAGGCUGACAGCUGCCGUCCCCAGGAUCAGGCCUGCCCCCUCCCUGCAGCGGGACGCGCACACACACACACACACACACACACACACACAUGCAUCUAUGCACUUUGUACGAUGCUCGCAGGGUCCCUGUCCCCCUCCCCAACAUAACACUUCCCCCUCCUCGACUCCUGUGUCCCCGGGAGCUGGGGCGUGGACAGUGAGCCCCCUCCCUGCCCCUCGCCCCCUGCUCUUGUAUCACCCUCAGACAAAGAGCAGCAGGUCAGGAUCGUGGUGCCACUUUGACAGGACAAUAAAACUUCCUCGGUUGGUUCAGGGGG